GCUUUCCCCUGAAGUUCUUGACAGAUUCGCCUCCAGAUUGCGAGAAUUCAAGAUGGCCGUUACAGGUUCUAGGUAAAGGGCAAACUCCUCUGGACCCCACUGUGCAUGAAGCUCUCCUGAGGCUUUGGUGUCCAAGUACUGUGUCUUCCCUUCCCCCCUGCCCUCCCCCAAUUCCCUCCUGCCUCUCACCAUGUCCUCCACCUCCUCCUCCUACUCCUCCUCAGGGGAGACCAGUCCAGAGGAUCCACCCCGAGGUGGAGGAACCAUCCGAGUCUACCUCCCCAACAAACAGAGGACAGUGGUGAAUGUCCGCCAAGGACAGACUGUGCAUGAGAUUCUAGAUAAAGCGCUCAAAGUGAGAGGCCUGAGCCAAGAGUGCUGUGCUGUAUUUCGCCUUCUAGGAGGUCGAAAAAGACUGACAGACUGGGACACAGACAUAACUCCUCUAGUUGGAGAGGAGCUUUUAGUUGAGGUUCUGGAUGAUAUUCCCCUGACCAUGCACAACUUUGUACGCAAAACUUUCUUCAAGCUGGCUUACUGUGAUUUUUGCCACAAGUUCCUUUUCAAUGGCUUCAGAUGUCAGACAUGUGGCUACAAGUUUCACCAACACUGCAGUAGCAAGGUCCCCACCGUGUGUGUGGACAUGGAUACUAUAAGAGAGCGUUCUGAUCCCAGUCCUUGCCCAGAUGGAUACCCACAGAUAAUACUGCCAGAAAAUUCCCCCACGCAGAGCAACCCAGCCUUAACCCCAGAGCCUUCUGGAAUGGGCCACCUGUCCCCAUCCCCGUCCUCAACCUUUCACUUCCCCAUGUCAGGCGGAGAUGGUCAGUCUCUACAGAGGCAUCGCUCCACAUCUACUCCCAAUGUUCAUAUGGUCAGCACAUUGGACCCUGCUUCUGCCAUGAUUAUAGAGGAAGCACUAAAGUUCAACAACACAAUAGGUCCUGAACCCUCACCUAAGCCCUCCACCAGCCCGCCCUCUUCUUUUGGCUCUCCAGGGAAGAAGCCACCAAAGUCCCCUUCGGAACCCAGGGAGCGCAAGCCCUCGUCCUCUGAUGACAAAAAGAAAGUGCACCGAGGAGGCAACAGAGAUUCAAGUUACUACUGGGAGGUCCACUCUCGAGAAGUCAACAUCCAGAAGAGAAUAGGUUCUGGCUCCUUUGGAACUGUCUUCAAGGGAAAGUGGCAUGGAGAUGUGGCAAUCAAGAUCCUCAAAGUCAAAGAGCCAACGCCUGAGCAGUUACAAGCCUUUAAAAAUGAAAUGCAGGUGUUGCGGAAGACCCGCCACGUCAACAUCCUGCUGUUCAUGGGCUUCAUGACUAAGCCCAACUUUGCUAUCAUCACACAAUGGUGUGAAGGCAGCAGCCUGUACCGCCAUCUGCAUGUCUUAGAGAGCAAGUUUGACACUGUGCGUCGCAUUGAUGUGGCCAGACAGACAGCACAGGGCAUGGAUUAUCUUCAUGCAAAGAACAUAAUUCAUCGAGAUCUAAAAUCAAACAAUAUUUUUCUCCAUGAGGGCUGGACUGUUAAAAUUGGUGACUUUGGCUUGGCUACAGUGAAGGCUCGAUGGACUGGCUCUCAGCAGGUAGAACAACCCAGCGGAUCCAUUCUCUGGAUGGCUCCUGAGGUGAUCCGCAUGCAGGACACAAACCCAUACACGUUCCAGUCAGACGUAUAUGGCUACGGAGUAGUUCUGUUUGAGCUGAUGUCAGGAACCCUGCCUUACUCCAAUAUCAACAACAGAGACCAGAUAAUCUUCAUGGUUGGACGUGGUUACCUGUCUCCAGACCUCAGUAAGCUGUAUAGUACCUCACCCAAAGCAAUGAAGAGGCUGAUCGUCGACUGCCUGAAGUUUAAACGUGAUGAAAGGCCCCUUUUUCCACAGAUUCUGGUGUCCAUUGAGCAGGUGCAAGAUUUGCUGCCGAAAAUCGAGCGGAGUCGCUCCGAGCCGUCGCUCCAUCGAGCUGUCCAUGCUGAGGACCUGAACCCCCUCCUGUUCCACACCACCAGGCUCAUGCCCCUCUAAGCUCUUCACAGCACACAGCAAGGAGGCCGCCAUCCUGUCAAGGACCACAGCAUUCCAGUGCCUCAAAGAGGCCACAGCUGGCUGCUCUCCACCAUUGUGGAGCUGCAGCUCUCAGCAGCAAAACUCAGUAACAGACUGUAGAAGUAACCUUAGUCUGACAGUGAUUUUUUUUUUUUUUUCCUUCAACAAAUGACACGCACAUGCCCAUCAGGUGAAAGAAAGACCUUCUGUUUGUAGACAUAUGUGUAAAAUGUCUGCUCUUGCCAGCUGAGAAAGUCAAUCGACAUCUUGACUUGUAUUUGGCUCUUAGACCUCCUUUGGAGUUUCAGUUGUUCUAAAGAAACUCACAUGGUUGCACAUACAGUGCAAAAGAGUCUAAUUCAGAUCUUUGAGGAGCGCUGUCAUCAUAGCCAAAAACUUAAAUCAGCCAUAGAGCUGGAGCUGCUGGUUCAAGUCACAUGAUCCACUUACAUACUCCAUGCUCAGCGGGCAUGUGCCCCUUUCACUGUAACACAGCAUAAAUGGAAUGGGGACCUGAGAUGUAACGCCACUCAUUUGAAAGCAACUCUUUUUGAAUACGUGCCUGUCUUGAUAUGUUUUGUAAAAGGUUAGAUGUUUGCCCCCAGUGUGGACUUUCAGCAUUUACUGGUCUUGCAAAUAUCUAUACAACGAGACCUGGCAACUUAGAACACUGAACUAUGCAAAGAAGUUUAGGGGAAAAAAUGUAUACCAGUUGCUCAUUUAACCUGUUAUAGUCUUUUGCUGUACAUGAAGCAAAGCAGUGAAAGGCCUGGAGGUAGAUAUUUUCUUUCACUAACAUAAAACAUAAAUGUAUCUUUUCAGGUAGAUAUUCUUCAAAUAGGAACUUUGAAAUUCACUAAAUUCAUCUGAGGAUCAAGUUUCCAUUGAUGCUGUCUGUGGGGGGAUGGAAAGUAAGUGAGAAGGGCCUGGCAGAACUGGCUGCAUGUCCAAAUUUAAACAUUACAAAUUACAGUUUGAGGGUUUGAAAAUUAUCCCAUUCCUUAAAUCCUGUGUUUAGUCUUAAGAAUGUGCUGUUUCAAACAAAUUUUUAGUAAAAGCAGUUGCCCACCCCUCUACCCUUUUCAAGUCCUGAAACAUCACCUAACUUGUGUCACUUACCAGGCAACACUGUGAUACUUUUAAUGUUCCAAGUCCACUGAACACGGGGACUAAAUGGUUAGGAUCAAUACUUCAGCAGUGGAUGUUAUUCAUUUCUAAACCAAAAUGUUUUCCAAAGUGAAAUGUCAGUCAGGUCAUCAGAGGACAUUGUUGUUAGAAAUGUACAGAUGUAGUUUCAAGGGCUCAGCAGAUGGCUCAUUUCAAUUCCAGGUGUAAACUGAGGUUUCCAUGUUGAGGCACGCACCUUACAGCUCUCACACUGCAGGAACAGCAGAGUGCCAGCCUCUGCACCACAGGUCUGUCCAUCUACAGGUCUCUCCACGAUGGGCUUAAGUGGUUUGUUGUAUUGCUGCUACAUAUUGUGAGUGUUUUGUACACCUUAAAGAUUGAAUUGCUUGGUACACAGCUUCAGCAGUGUUGGCUAGUUUUUCCACACUCCAGAGGUCCAUUCUCCAAUGCUGCUGUCCCUCGUGCAUAGUUCACUCACACAUGUCCGCACAUUCUCAAAAUAUUUCUAUAGCUGUGGGGCAUGCCUUAAAACUGUGAGAACCUUGGUUGAUUAGUCGUUCUAAUUUAGGCUUGAAGAGGUGUGUACAUUUUUCACAAAAGUGAGAUCACAUCUAAAGGCAAAUGUGCAAACUCUGCUGUGAUGGCCACAAAUCUACUCUGAAGAAAUAGCUAAAUUAUCAAAAUCUGUAGUAUUCAGAGAACAGAACAAAUGUCAGGGUUGUCUUGUUCACUCGUCCAGCCGUUUGUAUGUUACCCUCCGUGAGAUUGCUUUAAGCUUGUAUCCAGUUGAUUUUUCUUUGGUGGGAUGCUCACUUGUUAUGAAUGAAAGGCCUGCAUUUUAUUUUCCUGAGAUUGAAUUAGUUGAAUAUUUACUCGCCUCUUACACGCACACCGAGGUGGCUCGGUCCUACUUCAUGAUGUCUUUCAAAGAAAUACGGAUGUGCUGAGGGUUCAGCUGGGCUGGUUUAAAAACUAGUAGCCUUAGCUGUUGAUCAGUGAUAGUGUGUGGCCUUGUCUGUGUGGCUUGUUUUGGGGGUUUGUGUGGGUUUUUUUUUUUGUUGUUUUUUUGGUUUUUGUUUUUUUGUUUUGGCCCCUCUUUCAGCCCCUCAUUUUUGCUCAUUGUAAUACUGGUGGGAAAUAUUGUCUUAAAGCUUUACUCAUCUUUACUUAAAGCUUAUCAACCACAACAAUUUCAUUGCCAUCAACAAAAAGCAGGAUACUGAAGAUCAGCCACUGCUCUUCUUCAGUGUAAUCCUUUGUAGAUUUGUAGUACUGACUAAUGAAAGAAAUGGAAGCGAUAGUCAUAUUUACAGAACCUUUAGUUUCUCCUUCAGCUGGACUGUUAGCAUCUUCGGCCUAGUGCUCGCAGGUUGACCUGACAAUGCAGUCACUCAAUUUACUAUGGAUUAAAUCUGCUUUAAGGGCACAGACGCAACUCUCUCUGUGGUGAUUUUGGUGACUUAACAGUAGGGGAUCAGGAACCAUGCCUCCUGGUCUGUCCUAACAGUGCUGUAUUCUGAGGCAUUGACUCUCUUGCUGGUCGUGUCUCGCGCAAGUGAAGGCAGUAGGUGUGAGGUGAUGUUUCAGGCUUCUGUGAAUCCUGCAGGUGAUGUGACAGACAUGAAGCAGAACUCCUGUUGAUGCAAAUGUCUGUCACUAAUGAACUGCUAAUUUAAUAUUCUCAUGUUAAUCUAGGGGCUGGGUACCCUGACUGAUGCUCAUUCCAGUUAUGUGGUGGGUGUGGGAGAGGUUGUGUGGUGGGCUUUUUUUGUUUUGCUUUCUUAUUUAUUGAUGUUAUUGCAGAUGUUAAUCUGCAAGUACAGCACUCUGAGAUGGAUCAGAUGUUUACUGGGAAUGUUUAUCUUUAAAAUGUUCAUCAGCACCAGGCGCUCUCUCGCUUUCUUUUUUUCUCUCAAACAUUCUCAACGUGAAUGUAUGUUUCGGCGCGGUACUGUUGGCUCCUCUGUUCACUCUGACUCUGUCAAAUGCAGGGGCAUUUCUAGCAACUUUGCUUUCACACAUCCUGAGCACAAAUGGGUGUCAACAUUUUUUUUUUUCUUCUCUGAGCAACAUGUUGUCCACAGGGUUUCACUACAAUAGCAACACUUAGGGAACUGUAACUAACGGGUAUCUGAAUGGCCUGAAGCUGCUGAAUGAAAUCUUUGUUUUUCUUUUUUUUUUAAUGAGCUGCUUUUUAUAAACAUUCAGAAAAAGCAAAACUUUUUUUUUUAAAACCACAAUAUAAGAUCAGGAGUGCUUUGGUAUAAUGUCAGCAGACCAGGUUUUCUGUGCAUCUGUAAAAAGUAGAGUGGGUUUGGAGAGCUUAUUGAAUCAUUUUGUGCUCAGUUUCACAUUGAGGUGAUGCCUCCCAAACGUCUUCAUCUGGAGGAUGAGGGAACAGGUGCCACAUCUCUGUUCAAGUGGACCUGAACAGCUUCAGGAAACAUGAGAUUCUCAUCUGGAGUCUCACAGGGGCACCAUAAUGUGGGGGAAGAGAGGCACUGCAACUGUUUCAGAGGAUGAGAGCUGUGUCAGAGUAGUUUCUUAUUUUAUUUUAUUUUAUUGUCUUUUCAUAUCUGUAGGUGAGUUGGAGUACUUGUCUAUAGUUUCUGAGGUGUCAGGGGUGUUAAUUUGCAAUAAAUAGUGUUUUCUGCUGUGUA